UGCACAGACGAGCUGUGGGAGGCUCCUGUCACAGUGACACUGGGACUUUAGAACGGAGCUGCUGUCAUGAGGCUGGUGUUGGUGGCUGGCAGAGAGUCCUGAGUGGGCAGUAUGGAGGAGAAUGCCAAUGUGCAGGAGCCGGGUGACCAUACCCCUGUCUUGCCAGCUCAGCCAUCCAAACUUGAGAUUAAGCGGCAUGCCAUCACUGAUGAUUACAAGGUGUCCAAGCAGGUGCUGGGCCUGGGCAUUAAUGGCAAAGUGCUGGAGUGUUACCGCAGGGGUAGUGGGCAAAAGUGUGCACUAAAGAUACUAUUGGACAGCCCAAAGGCUCGGCGAGAAGUGGAAUAUCACACCAGGGCAACAGGAGGACCCCACAUCGUACCAGUGCUAGAUGUAUACGAGAACAUACACCGAGGCAAGAGGUGCCUGCUCAUUGUCAUGGAAUGUAUGCAGGGUGGGGAAUUAUUCACACAGAUUCAGCAGAGAGGAGAUCAGGCAUUCACUGAGAGAGAGGCCUCAGAGAUAAUGCGUGAUAUUGGGAUGGCCAUACAACACUUACAUGGGCUGAAUAUCGCCCACAGGGAUGUCAAGCCAGAGAAUCUCCUUUACACCACCAAGGAAAGUAAUGCUGAGCUCAAGAUAACAGAUUUUGGCUUUUCCAAAGAAACAACACUUCAAAAUGCUUUGCAAACCCCCUGCUAUACCCCUUAUUAUGUGGCUCCAGAGGUGCUGGGUCCAGAAAAGUAUGACAAGUCAUGUGAUAUGUGGUCACUAGGUGUCAUCAUGUACAUCCUGCUCUGUGGCUACCCCCCAUUCUAUUCAAAUACAGGACAGGCCAUUUCUCCUGGAAUGAAGAAACGAAUUCGUAUGGGACAGUAUGAAUUCCCAGCUCCUGAAUGGAAUGACGUGUCAGAGGAAGCGAAGCAGAUGAUUCAAUUUCUUUUGAGGACUGAUCCAACAGAAAGGAUGACGGUUACCCAGUUCAUGAAUCAUCCUUGGAUAAAUCAAUCAAUGGCAGUACCCCCGACCCCCCUGCACACAGCCCGUAUACUUCAGGAGGAUAAAGAGCAUUGGGAUGAGGUUAAGGAGGAGAUGACCAGUGCUUUGGCCACAAUGAGAGUAGAUUAUGACCAGGUUAAGAUCAAAGAUCUCAACUCUUCCACCAAUCGACUGCUCAACAAGAGACGCAAGAAACAGACAGAUGGAGCCUCACCUCCGGGUUGCAACAACCAAUAGGACUGGAUAUCAGCACAUGGUGGACAGAGUCUUUGCCCUGUGGUUCCAGAGUCCGAACCCUCAGUGCAUAUCAAGAUAGUCACUGAAAGAUGGAACAGAUAUGCUUCUUUGGGAUGACCAUUAAGAGCUUAUUGUCAUUGGGGUUCUCUUUGUAAUUGUGCUGAAAUUCUUUUUGCUGUAAUUUUCCGAGAGAACCAUGUGCUGUGUAUAUACGUAUAAAUAUUUAUAAAAUGGGUGUGGUUAGAAUUUCAUUUUAGAUAACUCAAACCAAAGUCAAUUUUCUGAUUGGCUAAAGCCUGCAUCUUAUCCACCAAUGACAAUGAAUGUAUGUCAUCCAUCCCAUUUUCCCUGACAUCUUUUAAUUUUGAAAUGUUCGUGCUGAUCAAAAUACCUUCAUAUGGAAUAAUGGCACUAAAUUGGCACAGACAAAUAUGUCAUAGGGUUAGAAUUAACCCUUGGACGUCAACGUUUUGCAAAAAUCUGGCAUUCCACAGCUUAACCUUUGCUUUGUGCAAUAUUUUGAAUGGCAGAAGGAAUAAUAGUGACAUUUUGAUUGGUGCUGUGUUUACAGCGGCCCUUUAGUUGGAUACCAAUGAAUGGCAAAUACUCGACCUUCAUCUAGCAUUUCAGUGACUUUUGCUAUUUUUCUAUUUACACAACAACCAUCAGUAAAAAUAUCACAAAUAAAAAUACUUAAUGGGACAUUAAA